AUGCCUAUUCCAAUUGUAGAUUCUCACAUCCAUCUUUUCCCGGAGUCUCACCUUCCAACUCUCGCCUGGUAUGGCCCGGAAUCCCCCCUGGGAUCCCAACACUCAGUCGAUGAGUAUCGCCUUGCGACAUCCUCGAUCUCCACCACCGCAGAUACCGCUGACCUGACAUAUCUGCGCGGCUUCAUCUUCCUCGAAACAGAUCGCAUAUCUUCCGUCGAGGAGGCUGGGGAAGGCUGGUCUCAUGCUCUAGACGAAGUCUCACUGCUUACGAGAAUCAUCACCGGGGCUCCUGCGGCGGGUGAGGGUCACCACGAUAAAGAUAGGCAUCUCUGCCUGGGGUUUCUUCCAUGGGCACCUGUGCCCGGGGGAUCUACCGUGCUACAGAAAUACAUGGACCUAGUGAAAGAACGUACCAAGACAGAUGACGUCUGGAAGAAGCUUCGGGGCGUGAGAUAUCUAUUCCAAGAUAAGCCGAAGGGUGUCAUGCUGCAAGAUGACGUUGUUGAGGGACUGAAAUGGCUUGGGAGAGAAAAGUUGGUAUUCGAUCUGGGGGUGGAUGCGAGGCAGGGUGGAUUUUGGCAGUUAAGGGAGGCAGUCGAAAUGAUGAGGAGGGUCUAUGAUGGUGUGAAAGAAAGCGAGAAGGUUGUUAUAGUCAUCAAUCACCUCUGUAAGCCGAAUCUCCGGCUUCCCGAUCCAUCGCCCGCCUCGAUAACGACGCAUCCCGAAUUUCUGGAAUGGUCGUCUCUGGUCACCGCCAUGGCACAGUAUCCCAACACGUACAUGAAGCUUUCGGGCGGCUUCUCUGAGCUACUGCCAGUUCCUUCGGAUCCCGAACCUGAUAUUGCUUCUAUUGUGGAGAGGAUUCGCCCUUGGACUGAUGUAGUGUUUGAUACAUUUGGUGCCGAGCGAGUGAUGUUUGGGUCUGAUUGGCCGGUCUGCAACGUAGGGGGAGGCGGUAACGCAGUCACCUGGAGACGUUGGAAGAGCAUAGUGGAAAGCAUCUUAGAGAAGAGGCAGUUAACGGACGAAGAGAAGAGAAAUGUAUGGGGUGGAGUAGCAGUGAAAGCAUACGGAGUCGAGAUAUGA